UAUAUCAUAUUUAUCUUGUGGAUUUCAUGAAGAUUGUAUUAAAUUAAUGUCAACCUUCAAAAGUUAUUCAAGUAUUAAGUUUGAUUUGUUUUGUAAGAUUUGGAAAGAAAUGAAAUUUUCAUUAAUUUUUUUAUAUAGAAAAAAUUAUGCAGAAAUGUUAGAAUUUUGCGAAGAAUCACUUAAUAUUGCAAAACAAUUUUUAUUAUUACCAACUGAUAUUUUAGAUCAAGUUAGUGGACUUUAUCUGUUAUAUGGACUAUAUUAUAAAAUACCAAUUGAAAAUGUAAAAAUUCAAGUUACAUCUAAAGAAUGGCAAAGAUUUUUAGAUUUAUAUCAGCAGAGUAAGGAUGAAAAAUUAUAUGAUGCAUCAUAUAUUUUUGUUAAAUUGGUAAUGGAUAAUGCUUUUCAUUAUAAUUUAUUUGAAAGUGAAUAUGGAUUAGAAAAAAAUUUUAAAUUUCGCCAAGAACUUCCAUUCGACAAUCCAUAUUCUAUUCUACCAAAAAUUAUUGAUGAAAUUGAACAAGGGGAAUUUCUUAGGAUUCAAAAUAUAAGUAAAGUUUAUGAUGAACAAAAAAUAAAGAUAUUGAAUAAUACACCAUCUAUAAAUAAAUUACAACUUUUUGAUAAAAAUUUUAUGGGAGAAAUCUUAAAUAAAAUUGAUACAUUAAAAGAAAAAAAGCAAACAUUAACAGGACUACGGAAAAACAUUAAAGUAGCAUUGUAUAAUAGGACAGAAAAAAAUAAAUAUAAUUUUGAUGAUAAAAUUAGACCAAAAUUAGGGCAUGGUUUUGAUACAGAUUCUUCUUCUGAUGAUAUGGAUAUAGAAUUUGCCUAUGUUAAAUCAAAUGAUUCAAAUCUUCCUAAAAAUUUUGGUGAAAAUGAAGAUGAUAAUAUUCAUAAAAAAAAAACAAGAAAAUUAUAGUGAAUCUAAAUAUUUUAAAAAAGGUUCUAAUGAUGACAUGUCCCAAUAAUAUAUUAGAAUCUCAACAAACUUGUUGUUUCCAUGAACAUCAUGAGCCAAGAUUUCUACACGAGAUCCAUGUUGAUACAUUC